UAUAGCCUCUUUUCUCCCCAUGAGCAGUAAUUAAACCCACUCCUUUUUGACUCUGUAGUUUUGGAGUUUUUUUAAAUGAUUUUUAUAAGGGGCUCUUUCAUCAUUAUUCCAGCGUAUACAGUGCUGUAGAUGUCAGCUCAGCCAGGAUCCUCCCCUGUUUGGAGGCAUUUCCAGAAAAGGAAACACCCAAACUAAAGUGACACUCUUCUUCUUAACGCUUCAGAGAGAGGCAGCCAUGGCAUCUGGGGGUCACAUCCAGGGGCUCAGUGAAGAAGCGACUUGUUCCAUCUGCCUGGACUACUUCAAAAACCCAAUGACGAUCGACUGCGGGCACAAUUUCUGCCAGGCCUGCCUCAACCAGUGUUGGGGAGAGUCCAACACAGACCCUUCCUGCCCUCAGUGCAGAGAAACGAUUCAGCAAAGGAUCUUCAGGCCGAACCGGCAGCUGGCAAACCUCGUACAGCUUGUCAAGACACUUCAGGAGGGGAAAGAAGAAGCAGCCAGCCCUUUCUCCAAGAACGACCAGACCCCAAUUUAUGUGGAAUAUGACAGAUCUAGGGGGCAUCCAGCUCGUGAUGUUUGUCCUAUGGAAGAGGCUUCCCAACAGUAUAAGGAAAAAAUCAAGGCCUAUCUGAGAUAUCUGAAGAAGGAGAGAGAAAAGCUCAUGAACCAGCAGUUUUCUGAAGAGCAGGGCAAGCAGGAAUAUCUGACACAGUUAGAAAUGGAGAAGCAGAAGGCCGGGUCUGCCUUUGAGAGGAUGCAGGAGUUCCUGGUGGAGAAGCAGCACCUCUGGCUCAGUCAGCUGGAAGAUCUGGGGAAAGAGAUGGAGAAGAAGCAUGAAGAAAACCUUGCCAAACUCUCUGAAGAGAUUUCCCAACUCAAUGAGCUGAUCGCGGAGAUGGAAGGGAAGUGCCUGCAGCCCGCAAGUGAAAUCCUGCAGGAUAUCAGAGAUGCCUUAAGCAGGUGUGAGAAGAAUUUAAUAGAACACGUGGUGGACCUUUUUCCCAGGCCGGAAGAGAGACUCAGAGUUUUCACCCAGAAAAACUCCACUUUAGAGAAGGCCACAGAGAACUACAAAGAGUCUCUGGAGCAAGUUCUGAGAGCAGAUUAUUUGAAGCAAGCCCUGAACAAAGCAAAUGUGACUCUGGAUCCAGACACCGCCCACCCCUUGCUCAUUCUGUCCAGGGACCUGAAUAGUGUGAGGAGGGUUCAGAGAGAGCAGAACCUGCCUGACAACCCAGAGAGAUUUGAUAUGAUGCCCUUCGUGCUGGGCUGUGAGAGAUUCACUUCUGGAAGACACUGGUGGGAGGUGGAUGUGUGGAGGAAGGCAACGUGGGCCGUGGGGGUUGCAACGGAGUCAGUCAGGAAGAAGGGACACAUCGACAUUAACCCACAUGAAGGGAUCUGGGCCAUGGGGAAGCCGCCCUGUUACUCGCCCUCCCCCUGUCAGUUCUUGGCUUUCACUUCCCCUCGGCCAACCGAUUUGACCUUGAGAAGAGAGCCCAGGAAGAUCCGGGUGGCCCUGGAUUAUGAAGGGGGUUGUGUGGAGUUCUUUGAUGCCGACACUGGGGAAUUCAUCUUCACUUUCCAUUUGGGAUCGUUCUAUGGGGAGAGGAUCCGACCCUUUUUGCAGGUGUGCUGCGAUGUCAGUCUGAAGUGCUGAAGCUUGAAGAGAAGCACACACACACACACACACAACUCUUUUGCCACCAGCCUGAAAAAAGAAGAGUCUCUUAACAACUUUCUCCAUGGCUGCAUAAAGGGUUACAGUCCUUAUGGUUCUCAGACAAGACUUCCAGUUCUUUGUUGCAGAUUCUUCCCUCUGCAAAAUAAAAAAAGAGAGGGAGGCAUUCAGGGUUAGAUGGCCCUCUUGCUUACCUGGCAAAGCACCUGCUUUACAUGCAGAAAGUCCCAAGUUCAAUCCCAGGUAUCUCCUGGUGGAGCUGGGUGAGACCCCUAUCUGGAAUCCUGGCGAGCUGCUACGAGUCAGUGUAGACAGUACUGAGUGAUGCGGAUUCUGGCUGCCAUUCCUUCUAAGCAGGGGAACCACAUAGGCAAUAAUGAGUAGAGCUGCUGUAGCAGACUGAACAUGCGCAAAGACACAGAUUUUGCAAGAAUGCAUAGAGGGGUGUAGCUAGUAUGUGGACCGAGCAUCGCAGUGGCACAGAAUAAUUGGAUGAGACUGUUGCUAUGGCUAUGACACAUGUAGGGGUAUAUAUGUCUGUACCCAACCGCCAUUUGUUAGUUGUGUACUUUGCUCCAGUGAAGCGCUUU